AUGUCGUCCAUACACCGCGAUCGGAUAGUGAAGAGGGGAUUUGAUCCGUUCGUGAUUGCUGAUAUGCUUGCUACAGAGAGGAUGGAAAAGAAGAAAGCUAUGGAAGUCGCUUCGAGAAACACAGCUACCAUCGGGGGACUGCAAAACCUAUUUCGUGACUUUGCCCAAGAUGAACUCCCAGAAAUGCCGCACCUCUUGGAAAUCAUCGAUGCCGACAAAGGAAGAUGGAAUUCGCGAUCACACGAAGAACUCAUAGGGAUACCUUGGACCCUACCCAACGAACAUUCAGAAGCUCGCAGGCUUCAAUACAUGACGGUUUUCUCUACAGGAGAUCGCGACCUUCAGGUGCCACGAGCUUUUGAUCAUGAAGAUCCAGUCGAAAGUCCAACAAAUAGUGCAGGUCGCAGUAGUUUGAAUACUCCUCAAAGAGACCCAAACAAAAAGUUCUCUCUCGCGGCUUACCAAAAGAUGAAGAAGGGUGGAAUCAAGCCUACACCAAGAACAUCUGAUACCCUGGAUUCAGUUCGUCCGAAAGGUCAUGCAAGAACAACAAGCAAUAUCUCCAAUGCGACUCCAACGGCUCGCGGAUCUUUCGAGACUUCUUCAAAUGGCGAAGUACAAAGGAAUGGGUCCGCGGUACACUCUGCGAGUAGAUCAGAGCAUGUAGUCAAGAAUGGAAUUGAUAGAAACCCCCCUUCCCGAAGCAACCCAAACAGACCACAUCAUCUCACCAAUGGCGCCAAUGGCGUCAAAACUCGCACAGAACAAACAAAGGAUAUUUCGAGAUCAAAGGAAAUCAAUGCACCACAAAAUAAAUCAUCCUCAAAAAUGAGCCCUUCAAUUCCCACAUGGAAUGCACCCAUGAAGCACAGCUUACCUCCUCGACCACAGUCUCCACGAAGAGUGGUUUCAGAUGGCAGAAACACUAAACGAUCACUUGAAUCAGAUGAACCAUCACAUGCAGAAAAGCGUGCCAGAACUGAUCGAGCGAAUUCACAUCUUCAAAAAAUCGUCAAACCAGAUAAUAAUUCGUCCAAGGGAAAAGCCCCUCCUUCCAAUUUGAGCAAGUCAGAUGACCACGCAUCUAAAUCCUCCAAGGGAGCAGGGGAGACGAAAUCAUACAAAUCAUCAGGAAAACCUAUUAAUCAUUUACCACCAUUACUAUCACCACUUCCCGCUGAUCUAACAACUCCUACCACGUUUGAUAGCCCUAAGAAAUCGGAUCAAAAGGCAUCCACAUCAAACACUCCAUCAAAGUCCAAGACUUCCGUCAGUGGAAAGAAACCUCCACCUAAAGAGUUAUCAUUGCAACAAGAAUCACCAAAAACUCCUCCAAGAACUGUUUCCCUCUUUGUACUUCCACCUUUACUUUCACCAACGCUUCCUCCCAUUGUUGAAGCAGCAUUAGCGGAACAUAAGCAAAAGGAAGGGGAAAAGACUACUUCUGCGCCUGAGCAUCGUCAAGAAAAGUCGAAUUUAUUGACCGUUGAAGAACGACAUACUCAAGCUCGUAAACCGGAUGCACCUGGUGUUGCUCGUAAGACUGUUAGUGGUGCCAAAGUCGGUCAUCCUCCAAAACGAUCUGCCUCAAAUACACCAUUACAAAAAGCUCGUGAGGUUUCAAAAGCUCCAGCUACGAGUCAAUCAUUAAUUGUCAGGUUGCCUUAUCCUAAGAGGAAAGCUACAACCAUUGAGCGAUUAGUUCGAUUAUCACCAAGACCUUCACAAGAUUUUACCAAACUUGAGAAUAUCAGAAAGAAGGAAGGCUUUGAAGCUAUGAUGGCUUAUGAUCUUUCAAAGAAAGAGAAAGCUCCUGUUUUAUCUGCCAGUAUUGUUAUGGAUCAAUCGGUAUCAGAAUCUGAAGAGGAUGUACCUUUAUCAACUCAGAGCAGAAAGACCGUCUCUAGGAAACGCCCUAGUGAUGUUCUACCUUCAAAAUCUGAACCGCCAAUAAAGCGGGCUAAACGUCCUGACAAUCUUGAUGUUACGACUGCUAGAAAGACUGUUCCUAGUCCAUUGAAGUCUCCUACGCGCCCUGGUCCAUCUCAAAAAGGUUUACUUGCUACACCCAAGAAGAAUGAGGGUUCUAGGGGUACCGCUAUGGUCAGGGUUUCUUCUAGUGAUGGAAAUCCUCAAACUCCCUCGGGCGCAAAUAUCACUGUAACGACUCCUCAGAGUAUCUCUACGAGUAGAUCUGACCAACUUAAAACUUUGGCUUAUAGUCUCAAGAAGAAAGGCGAACAUGAGACAAGGAUUAAUGGUAAUCAACAUCAACUUAAGCCUGUUGGUGAACGAACGGCUGGGGUCAUGGUUGUAAUUGAAAGUAUCUGUCAGUACAUGAGAUAUUUCAAUAGACUUCCUUGUGCUAGUCCUAGAGAAACUAGCUACAGUCAAAGAAGUCAGAAUGCUCAAAAUUGGGAUACAAUUAUUCCAAUGCUUGCUUGGCUCAAAAAUAUCAGUGAAGAUAUUCCUGUUCUUCAAGUAUUAUCUGCUCAUCUUAAUGCUGUUUGCCUUGAAGUAUCAACUCGUGCUUUUAUUAGCAUGCCUACUUCACCAGGUAAUACUGAAGAUGAUCGAGCAAAGGAUCGUGGAAUUUGGUCUAAACAACAAUCACAAGAUUUGAAAAGGCAUGAUGCAUGGAGACAAAGUCAUCAUGUUGGAUACAAACUUUUGAAAGAUUUGUCCUUAAAGGGUGAACCUACAAUUAUUGGACCGUGGACUAGUGUUGAUACAAUUACAGCAUAUUGCAUGGAAGUUUGUACAGCAUUCAACAAGAAGGACCAAUGGGGUUGGAAAAAGCAAGUUGACUUUUAG